AUGGAUUCCGCACGAUGCUCCGGCUCACAAUGCGCCUCGAGAGCAGGCACACCUUUAUUUUCAAUGACACCUCGAGGCCGUCGAAGUCCUGCUACCAGGGGCCCUAGUCGCGCUGGGGGAGGAUCGUUCUCAGCGAGGGCCUCUCCUGAGCAUCGUGUGGACAAGGAGGAGGCUUUGCUCUUUUGGCGUUUUGACCUGCAAACGCAGGAAGAAGAUCCUGAGCUCGAGCUCCUGCUGACAGCUGCACGUGCACGGCGGGGCGUACGGCUAUACCCCUCCAACCCGCACUCCAAGGCGGUGGUGAACCAGGUCGUUUUCAACCGUGAGCAAGAGGCGCCUCUGGAUGACCGGUUUGACACAAAACACUUCCAUGCCAUGUUCGAGGACGCCGCUGGCCGGCCCUCCUGGAAGAACCAGCUGCGCAGCAAGCGGAUGGGGCCUCAGAGUGACGCUGACUGCUGGGGUCCGGUCGCUGACCCGCGUACACUGCCUGUAGUACCCGGCGGCCGGAGGAAGUUCGUGAAGGCUCCGAUGACAAAGUCAAUUGUGGAUGACAUCGUCCUUGGCCACGACGUUGACAUGUCUGGUACUGACCCGCAAAGGUUUGAUGCCAUGCAGGCCCUCCACAUUGGGGCUGCAGGUGCGCCUUCCUGGGUUCCACGACACCAGGGCCUCGGGAGUACAGCCAGGGUUCAUCGCCAACGCCAUGCAAAGCUCAGGCGCAAGGCACAGCAGUUGGCUGCAAGGCUCGCUGCCACAGAGACCCCACCAAAGCAGGCGAUCAAGGAGCCUGAGCUGAAGGUCGGCCGGAGACUCUCGGCAAAUGCUUUGCCCUUGGCAGUUGCCAAAGCUCUUUCCAUGUUCCGUGACGAGAAAGGACUUGCACUUGCCGAAGCCUGGGGUGGUCCUGCAAUUUACAGGCAAACCUGA